AUGUUAAACAUGGAGGCAUCAACAGGAUUAGAGGAAGAAAAAAUACCAUUGUUGGAAAAUAAUAUUGAUGAAGAUGAAAAUGAGCAUUUAGUAAGAAGAGUAUGGAUUGAGUCAAAGAAGCUUUGGCAGGUAGCAGGGCCUGCAAUCUUCAACCGUGUUGGAAAUACUAGCAUGUUUGUUAUGACUCAAGUCUUUGCUGGCCAUCUUGGUGACAUGGAAUUGGCUGCUACUUCCAUUGCUAUGAAUGUCAUUCUUGGCCUUGACUUGGGCAUUAUGCUGGGCAUGUCAAGCGCAUUGGAAACACUAUGUGGACAAGCAUUUGGAGCCAAACAAUACAACAUGUUAGGAAUUUACAUGCAACGUUCAUGGAUUGUUCUUUUCAUCACAGGAAUUCUUCUUUUACCUAUUUUCAUCUUUGCAACACCAAUCUUAAAAUUUUUAGGACAACCACAAGAGAUAUCUGAGCUAGCUGGAGUGAUUUCAAUGUGGCUAAUACCAACUCACAUAGCUUAUGCAUUUUAUUUUCCUUUUCAUUUCUUCUUGCAAAGUCAACUCAAGAAUAACAUCAUUAGUUGGGUUACUCUUGUUUCUUUAUUGGUCCAUUCUUUUCUUUGUUGGUUGGUUGUUGUCAAGCUUAAGCUUGGUGUUAUUGCUCUUGUUGCUUCUGGAAAUGUGGCUUGGUUUGUUUUGGUGUUUGGUUUUUUUGGGUAUGUUGUUUUGGGUGGUUGUCCCUACACUUGGACUGGUUUUUCUAUGAGGGCUUUCUCUGAUCUUUGGGGAUUUGCUAAACUCUCUGCUGCUUCCGGGGUUAUGCUAUGCUUGGAAGUUUGGUAUGACAAAGUACUCGUGAUGAUGACUGGAAAUCUACAUAAUGCAAAAACUGUUGUAGAGGCUUUAACAGUAUGCUUGACCAUAAAUAAUUGGGAGAUGAUGUUUCCCUUGGCAUUCCUUGCUGCAACCGGAGUAAGGGUAGCAAAUGAGCUAGGAGCAGGCAAUGGUGAAGCAGCCAAGUUUGCUUCACAAGUUUCAGUGGUGACAUCAAUUAUAAUUAGUGUUUUCUUUUGGCUAUUGAUUAUGAUCUUUCGUAGUCAAUUGGGCUAUAUGUUUACUUCAAGUGAACUUGUCAUUGAAGAAGUAAAUAAGUUGUCACCUCUCUUAGGCUUCACUGUUCUUCUCAAUAGUGUUCAACCUGUUCUCUCAGGGGUGGCUAUUGGAGCUGGGUGGCAGAAAUAUGUGGCCUAUGUGGACUUGGGUUGCUACUAUCUUAUUGGGAUUCCUCUUGGGUUUUUGCUGGCCUUUGUGUAUCAGCUUGGAGUUCAGGGACUCUGGGCGGGGUUAAUUUGUGGCGGACCAGCACUUCAAACUUUGAUCCUAGCUUGGGUUACCAUUCGUUGUGAUUGGAAUAAAGAGGCUGAAACAGCAAAAUUGCAUUUGAGUAAAUGGGGAGGACCAAAUCAUGUACCAAAUUGACGCAUUUUGAACAUACAAAUAGUUGAGGUGGACAAGAGAAGAACAAG